AUGUCUGUUCACAAGCGCAGAACUUCUCAGCAGAACGCCCAAGAUGCUCCCAAGCGGCCAGUCAGGCAGCGCCGAAUCUUAACUUGGACUCGCCUCAGCCUCGCGGUUCUACUAUGGCUCGUGGCAGACUACGGCUUCACAAGAGCAACAGCUUAUCCAGCACCCACCAUUCUGGAAGGACGAGAGCAUCUGCACAAUAACCUCGUCAACCACGCCAUUGCGCUGGAGGACAUCAACUCCGAUCUUCCGUUCGCAAGUGUACGACAUCUCUACUCUACGCAUCCCAACUCUGUCAUCCAUGAUGCCACCAAGAAAGCUGCUGCCCUGGCCGAAAAGAAGACGAGAGACAACCACAUUCGCACAGAGACAAGUUCGAGCGGCGUGCACACGAGCGAGCCUGUAACGGAUACAGCUCCCCCAACGCACACUCUAUUUCUAGGAGCCUUCACAGGCGCCGCGAUCAGAGCUCUGCUGGGCCUCGUUGGACUCAGCGCCAACUCGGUCUGCACCUUCCUCGACAAAGCGUUCGGCGACGACAAGAACGCCGCACAAAUCGUAGGCGUGGUGGGUUGCUACAUCGGCAUGACGCUCCUCGGAUUCUACGGACUCUUCUCAGCAGGACACAAUUUGUAUCAGAUCCAGCAGGCUGGACAACGCACGGCCGACGCGCUCGAUGCCGUCAAUCAAGCGUUCGAAUUGCAGGAUACGAUCGCGGGCGGGUUUGGCGGGAGACGCAAGCUGAGGAUGUCCAUGAGAUGA